UCUUCGUUUAUCCACCAUCUUUGGCUUCACACCCAGUGCUUUGAAUAAGGAAGUGAAACUAUACAAAUGGAGGGUGUGUCUUUUCUAUCGAAUUUAUAUUUUAUUGAAUAAAGUCCUCGUCGGAUAAUAAUGGGGGACACAGCAAAGGAUAAACGGCAGGAACAAUUGAAGCGCUGGUCCGGUUCUAACACCGACAGAGAACCGGCUGUGCCCAGGCGAAGGUGGCGGGGCGAUGUCGAGGAUGCAGGCGGCUCGGAGGCCGUAAACAACGCCGUUUCAAAGGACCAUUCUCAGGAUGUGGAGGGAAGCAGAUCGACCCCCGGGGAAGCCCAUAGUCUUCUACUCAAACGAAGGUACUGUAUUGUCAGAUUGAAUCAUUACUAGCUAGCCAGCUAGCUAGGUUCUCGCUAGCUAGCUAGGACUAAUACUAUACCGGAUGCUAUUCAGGAAUGCUGUGCGUGGGCUAGGCACUGCUAGCUAGCUUUGCUGAUACUUGAAUGUUUAUCUCGCUAACUAACUAUAUCUGCAAUCACAACAAUGGCACAAACAUACAUGUGUGCUUGUCUACUGUCUAGUAGUAGAUUUAGAACCGUUCUCUACAAUAUUCGACAGGAUAUGUAGCUAAAACACCCAUGUUGGCUGGCUAGUCAUUUUGGAAAGCUAGCAGGCAGUUAACUAGUCAGCCAGCAACAUAGGUAGCUAACUACAUAUCUAGUUAGUUACAGUCCAUCCCACUGUUGUUGACAACCACUGGGUUUAACAUGGACUAUUUGGAGGAGGGGAAUAUGAUCUGCCUUUCAUGUAUACAAAUAAUGAGGUUUGACUAGCUGCCAUGGAGUGCUGGUAAAAUAUUCACUUUAAUAUCCUGAGUAGUGUCACUAAAUGAUGACCUCUACUGUAGGAGGCGAGUGCGGUUUGAUACUGCUGCAGAGUUCCUGGCAGCUUGUGCCAGUGGUGACACAGAUGAGGCCCAGGAGAUGCUGAAAGAUGCAAGAAAGACAGAAGGCAAGAAUGGAGACUAUCAGGGAGAGGUUGUGAAUUGUGCCAAUGCUGACGGAAUCACAGCUCUUCACCAGGUAAGGACUUGGGCCUUGUGGUAAAUGAGUAGAAUCUAGUGUCUGUGUAUUGACUCUACAACCUAUAGUCAUACUGGAGCUAUGAAUAUCAUCAUCCUCUCUCCUCAUUUACUGUAGGCUUGUAUAGAUGGGAACAUGGAGGUGAUGGUCUUUCUCCUGGCUCAGGGUGCCAACAUAAACCAGGUGGACAGUGAGGGCUGGACUCCACUGCAUGUGGCAGCCACCUGUGGGAACCUGGAGAUCACUGAGUAUGUACAGUAUAUCACUUCAACAUCAGGCACUAGAAUAGGGACUACCUAUGAAAACGUUCUACAUUCCUCUGUUAUAGUGUUGGGCAGUCGUUGCAAUUGAGUUAACCUGAUUUUAUAGCCUUAGCCUAGCCUCCCUGUGCCAAUGUUUCUCCAUUCAACAAUGCUGUAUUGUUGUCUGGUACAGCAGGGCCGGUAAAGCUGGUCAACUGCUUUUUGUUUACUCUUGGUUAUGUGGCCUGUUUCUCGGUUGUGGAUGGUUUCAAACUCUCUUUUUCUAUAUCUCAGUUUCCUUUUGCAGCAGGGUGCGUCUCUCACUGCUGUGAACUGCGAUGGCGACGUCCCCCUGGACAUAGCUGAAGACGAGGCCACUGAGUCGCUCCUGCACCAAUACACAGUGAGACACGGUGAGUGCUGUGCUGCCAACACAGGGAGGAAACAAAGGAGUGAUUCAGGGUGAUAAGUGUUGUGGUGUCUGAUUUUAUAAAGACUGACUUAGGUACAGAGAAGGAAGGGAAGCCAGGGCACACUCUUAGCACAUUUUUGGCUUGUGAUGCUGUCACGUUCCAUGUCGAGCUAAACAAGAAUAAGGCUCCCCCGUUUUCAAUGGAGUUGAGAGGAAAAAGCUUAUGAUUACCACUUUUUCCGCAUUGUUGUUGAGUUGUUGUUGAUACAUUUCAUGCCCGUCUCUUGUUGUCUCAGGUGUGGAUGUGGAGGCAGCUAAGCGGGUGGAGGAGGAACAGAUCAUGAACGACGCCAGAGCCUGGCUGACAGAGGGGCCUCCCUCAGAACUACGGCACCCCAAAACUGGGGCCACUCCACUGCAUGUGGCUGCAGCCAAGGGCUACCUGGAAGCCAUCAAGUGAGUGUCCAUGGCUUGUCCAUAUUCUCAAAAAAAAAAUAUAUUUAUAUACAUUCUCUCUCCCUCCAUUCUGACAAGCUCAAUAACUAUUGAGUUUAUGGAAAAACAGGGCAUUGUUAAAAAAAACAAACAAAAUGGAUGAACUCAAUUGCAUAGGCUUUCUGCUUUGCUCUCUGUACUAAGUCACUCUGUGUGUUCUUGUUGUGGUUCAGACUGCUGUGCCAGUGUGGGCUGGACGUGUCAGAGAUGGACUGGGAUGGCUGGACGCCUCUCCACGCAGCGGCACACUGGGGGCAGGGAGAUGCCUGCAGGAUACUGGCUGAACAGCUCUGCGACAUGGAGGCCUGCAGCAAUGGGGUGAGACCGACAGACAUAGAGCCAUACACAUCUAUACCAGUAGAGCACUUAACCCUAAUUGCUCAUGUAAGUCGCUCUGGAUAAGAGCGUCUGCUAAAUGACUAAAAUGUAAUGUAAAUGUAGAGGCUGGUGGGAGGAGCUAUCGGAGGACAAGGUCAUGUUCCAUUUAUUCCAUUCCAGCCAUUACAAUGAGCCCAUCCUCCUAUAGCUCGAUAUACUGGGAAAUGUUGUCGACCACUUGUAUACCAGGUGUCUAAUAUUUAUGUUACUACUUUGAAAUGCUAGGCUAGUAUAACUUCACGUCAUGUGGUAGGUAGUAUGAUGACACAUACUGUCUUGCUGCUUCCAUUUUAUUUUCUAUUUUUUUUGUAUUUUUGUCUCCGUUUUGUAACGUCAACCCUGCAGGGCCAGACUCCGUUUGAUGUCGCUGAUGAGAGUGUUGUGUCACUGCUGGAGGAGCUGUCACAGAAACAAGCCAACGUGAGACUUCCUUUUUUUUGUCACUGUUCAUGUGUGCAAAAUAUUUCUCUAUAGAUAGCCAAUACAAAACUCCCUGAUUGUGAAAUAUUAAUAGUAGAUUUCACAUCUUAUCAGAAUAGUAUCAUUAAACUACCCAUUUUUGCCAUGUAAUAUUGGGCUGAUCUGCAAAGGGCAGUGUUCCUAUGUUUCUCUUACUGAUGAGUGAUGCUAUCAUGACUCUUGCUACUAUGUUUGCCUUGCAAUAUUAUUAUUAUGUGUGUUAUCUAAUGGCAAUGGUCAUAUUUCUGUCACUGAUGACCGUGUGUCCCUUCACAGUGGCGUAAUGAGCAGUCCAUCAUGGACAGACAGAACCCUGCAGGCUCUACUGCUGCAAAAGCUGAGAACAAACGGCGGAGGUCAGUAUAUGCCUUAUUACUGCUGCAUCUUAUUUUCUCCUGUGUUUCUUUUCCUCUUCUGAUCUGUAGUCUUUAUUUUGCAGUUAAACUGUAGUUGAAGUAAAUGUGGUGGGCUUGACAUCAAGUAUCAAAUACAGUGAGGGUAAAAAAGUAUUUGAUCCCCUGCUGAUUUUGUACGUUUGCCCACUGACAAAGAAAUGAUCAGUCUAUAAUUUUAAUGGUAGGUUUAUUUAAACAGUGAGAGAAUAACGAUAAAAAAUCCAGAAGAAAUGCAUGUCAAAAAUGUUAUAAAUUGAUUUGCAUUUUAAUGAGGGAAGUAAGGAUUUGACCCCCUCGUAAUCAAAAAGAUUUCUGGCUCACAGGUGUCUUUUAUACAGGUAACGAGCUGAGAUUAGGAGCACACUCUUAAAGGGAGUGCUCCUAAUCUCAGCUUGUUACCUGUAUAAAAGACGCCUGUCCACAGAAGCAAUUAAUCAAUCAGAUUCCAAACUCUCCACCAUGGCCAAGACCAAAGAGCUCUCCAAGGAUGUCAGGGACAAGAUUGUAGACCUACACAAGGCUGGAAUGGGCUACAAGACCAUCGGCAAGCAGCUUGGUGAGAAGGUGACAACAGUUGGUGCGAUUAUUCGCAAAUGGAAGAAACACAAAAUAACUGUCAAUCUCCCUCGGCCUGGGGCUCCAUGCAAGAUCUCACCUCGUGGAGUUGCAAUGAUCAUGAGAACGGUGAGGAAUCAGCCCAGAACAACAGGGGAGGAUCUUGUCAAUGAUCUCAAGGCAGCUGGGACCAUAGUCACCAAGAAAACAAUUGGUAAUACACUACGCGGUGAAGGACUGAAAUCCUGCAGCGCCCGCAAUAUCCCCCUGCUCAAGAAAGCACAUAUACAGGCCCGUCUGAAGUUUGCCAAUGAACAUCGGAAUGAUUCAGAGGAGAACUGGGUGAAAGUGUUGUGGUCAGAUGAGACCAAAAUGGAGCUCUUUGGCAUCAACUCAACUUGCCGUGUUUAGAGGAGGAGGAGGAGGAAUGCUGCCUAUGACCCGAAGAACACCAUCCCCACCGUCAAACAUGGUGCUGGAAACAUUAUGCUUUGGGGGUGUUUUUCUGCUAAGGGGACAGGACAACUUCACCGCAUCAAAGGGACGAUGGACGGGGUCAUGUACUGUCAAAUCUUGGGUGAGAACCUCCUUCCCUCAGCCAGGGCAUUGAAAAUGGGUCGUGGAUGGGUAUUCCAGCAUGACAAUGACCCAAAACACAGGGCCAAGGCAACAAAGGAGUGGCUCAAGAAGAAACACAUUAAGGUCCUGGAGUGGCCUAGCCAGUCUCCAGACCUUAAUCCCAUAGAAAAUCUGUGGAGGGAGCUGAAGGUUCGAGUUGCCAAACGUCAGCCUCGAAACCUUAAUGACUUGGAGAAGAUCUGCAAAGAGGAGUGGAAUAAAAUCCCUCCUGAGAUGUGUGCAAACCUGGUGGUCAACUCCAAGAAACGUCUGACCUCUGUGAUUGCCAACAAGGGUUUUGCCACCAAGUACUAAGUCAGGUUUUGCAGAGGGGUCAAAUACUUAUUUCCCUCAUUAAAAUGCAAAUCAAUUCAUAACAUUUUUGACAUGCGUUUUUCUGAACGAGAGCACACUUCUGGAGAAGGGUAGAGAAAUGCUGAUAAUAGUCAUCUGUGUGUGUUUCAGGAGCGCAGUGAGCAGAAUGAGCAGCAGGGAAAAGAUGAACGUGCUGGACCAGUCUAAAGAGAGGAGGUCUGAAGGCCUGGAGCUCAGCGAGGAGAAAGAGAGCAGCCCUGGUAUAUAAUAUGGCUGGUCACACACACAGACACACAUACAUCUGCUUUCAUGAAGAAUGAAGACUUAUUGAAGUCCAUUUUCACAUUUUAAAAGGCUCAGGUCAAGUGGUAUGGCAAUUAUGAAUACCCAGUCAUGAAUACCCACUGACCAGAGUACACUUCCUGUUUGUCUUUCUUAGAAAGCUCCACUCUAUCCAGUCCAGACACAGAGAGUGCCACCUCCACCGUCAGCCCUGCUGAGAAGGUAAGACAUGUCUCAAUGUAUCUUAAGCUGUACGGUAGAUGUUGUGUAGUCUACCUGGGUCUGUCGUGCUUUACACAUUUAGUUAUUUUUUAUUUUGUAUCUUAGCUGUUGAUUAUCACAAAAUUGUCCUUUCCAUUUGAAUGUCAAGAAAAUGUUGAAUCAUAAGCCUAGCAACAGUGAAUCGAUGACUGUCAAGAGGAAUGUUAUUAUUUUCCUGUAUUGAUUAUGGUCCUGUCUUGCCUGUGUUCCAGCAGACUCCAGAGGAGAAGGAUGUGGAGGAGCGGGACCAGGACAGAGCCAGCCGUACGGCCCGGGUCCAGCCCACCCCCCAGAGGAAAGACCCCCUGGCUGACAGUCCCAACAACACCAACCCAGACAGACGGAAGUAAGAGCCACACAACACACAGUAAACACACAUUAAAGCUUAGUGGCCUGGCACAACUAUAGGGAAGAUAUGUGAAUAGUUGGUGUAGCAGGAGGCAGGGUGUGGUACAUAAGAGGGAAGUGAUGAUGGGAGCUAACGAAUGAAAGACGCUCAACACAGGCAUUUGUUAAAGCACUAUCAAUGUGUUUUAGUAGAGUGUGUGGAUGUCUUCUGCUGUAAAUGGAGUGGGUGUGCUUUUAUUGAGCUGUAUGGAUGUGUUCUUUUGGAGCAUUCUGAAUAUACGUCUUCUAAUGGAGCUGUGUGGAUGUGUUCUUUUGGAACAUUCUAAAUCUAAGCAGGGCCAUAACUAUAGAGCUGAAAAUUUGCAUGGACCUUAUGUGCCAAUAUGAAUUGCGAUUCAUAGGUCCGGACUUCUGUAAUUAAAUCAAAUAUUUUAUACAUAAUAAAGAAAAUCAAUUGUGGGUCAACAUCUAAGUAUUGCAUCCAGCAUGGAUCAGCGCUCGGAACGCUUUUUAUUUUUUAUCUGACUGAGUUCUAAUCUUACCUGCCUCUUUGUGAAGGGGUGGAAUAAUGAACAGUGGUGUGUUCGUGAUGUUCGCCUGCGUCCCCCGGAUUAGCCUUUUUAGCAGCACAUUUGCCACUCUCUCAAACGGCUAACUCCGCCCUCUCGCAGCACUGGCCGAGGGCCUGAGACGUGAAACUAACUACCCCAUGUCGGAGUCGGCUAAAGUAGUCAACUAGAGAUGCCGGACAAAAGGCAAUUUACAGACAUCCCCCAAAUAAAAACCAACUUGGUGAAUGAAUGCACAACUGGUAAAUAGUCCCUUAUAGAUAUGUCAGUCAGUCAGGUGGCUAGCUGCCGGCAGAGACUUAUAUUUCAGUAACGUUGAAGGGGCUCUGGCUAGUAUUAUUUAUCCAGCUAGAACAGGGGUGUCAAACUCAUUCCAUGGAGGGCCGAGUGUCUGCGGGUUUUUGUUUUUUCCUUUCAAUUAAGACCUAGACAACCAGGUGAGGGGAGUUCCUUACUAAUUUCUGACCUUAAUUCAUCAAUCAAGUACAAAGGUGGUACGAAAACCCGCAGACACUCAGCCCUCCGUGGAAUGAGUUUGACUCGUGUGCUAGAAGGAUGAAGUAUGAAGCUAAUGUAAAACAGAGCGUACCUCAGCAGGAGCAAAAAAUAGGCUACUAAGUUAUCAUAAUAACUUUGCUUUACAGAGAGUAGGCUACUGAGACAGACAUUGAUAUGGCGCUCAGUGGUGAAGUUGAGGCAGGCUGAAAUGCAUGCAGGAGACUACAGAGAGUGGAAGCAAGCAGAGAGAGCGGUUAGUACAGUGGUUCCCAAACUUUAAGGUCGGGGGCUCUUGUGGAAAAUUUGAGAAAAUCUGUACAAAUCUUAUCAAAAAAGUUAGGAACCAAAAAUAAGAUAUGAACAUCUCCACAUAGCGUAUCUUUCAUUUAGGCCUACAUUCAAAUGCAAUAAGAAUGCAAACAAUACAGUUCUAAAAAAGUUUUUGUUUAUAUCGGUGGUAGUCUUCCACUGGAGUUUAGUUUACCCAAUACCCACCAUUUUUUACCACUACAUCACUGAUGUUAAUACAGAGUCGUAAGUAAUAUUCUAAUAAUUCAUGUGAAUGUGAUAAUACGAUCAUCUGUGUGCUCCAUUGAUGUCUGUUUGUGCGGAGCUUGAUUAGUAAUGCCUAGGAAUACAAAUGUGAACGCUAUGUAAUUUCAGAAAAUUGAUAUCUAUGUAAAAAGUUGAUGAUUUUAUGCAAUUCAUAAUUACAACUAACUGAACAUUCACUGUUACGUGUCAGUGUGAAUAAUUUCUGAUUCAGUUUAUUUAAUUGUAUUGAAAUGCAAAAAGUUCCCUCACUAAAACUAAAACCCUUGUUACGGUUCGGAAUCUAAGGGUUCUAAUGGAAUGGAGCUGUGUGGAUGGAUUCUUUUGGACCAUUCUGAUUCUAAGGGUUCUAAUGGAGCUGUGUGGAUGUUCUUUUGGAGCAUUCUGAAUCUACGGGUUCUAAUGGAGCUGUGUGGAUUUGUUCUUUUGGAGCAUUCUGAAUCUAAGGGUUCUAAUGGAGCUGUGUGGAUGUUUGCCCCUCAGGUUCCAGGCCCCAGUAAGAGACGAGGAGUCUGAGUCUCAGAGGAAAGCGCGAUCACGCCUCAUGCGCCAGUCUCGCCGCUCCACACAGGUACUGGCCACAAUAAACCAUCACUUUACGUCUCUUACAGAGGACUUAAAAUGGAUCUCGUCACCUUAACUAACCACCUUUCAGCAUAAAUAAUAAACAUGAUUUUUGCUUGUUUCCUGUGACAGGGUGUGACGCUCACUGACUUGAAGGAGGCAGAGAAGAGCGUGGCCAAACCAGCUGAUCCAUCACCUAGCAACAUCCUGCAUGUCAGUCCUAUAGUCACUAUAACACCUGCUGAGAGAGGUGAGUGGGACUGUGGUGGAAAAAAUGUGCUGUUUUCAUUUAUUAUUAAUAGUAAUGCCAUUCAGGAAGACAAGAUUAUGAAAACAUCAAGUUGGCAAUAUCAGAUGCAUGCCCUAGCCUUGCCUUAGUGUCUGUCAAGGGCUCAAAACUGCGACCAAAACUGGUAUUUGCGACCCUUUGACAGUACAACACACAUUUUUAAUUGGUCGCUAGGGUGCCAGUGAUUUAUUUUUUUUUUUGUUGUUGCUGGUCACGUUAGUUUUUGGUUCACAAUUUGCAACUUUUUUUUAUUAUCAAGGUAUGCAACAAUGGGUAUGCAGACCAGGGAUUCAUAAAGUUUGAAUGAACAUUUCUAAGGCCUUGCCAAUGAAAUGUUGACUGCAAUGUAGGCCUACCUGCCAAAUGAUAUCUUGAUGAUUUGUAACAAUUGCAGGGCAUUUGUUUAGCAAACUCUGCCAUCACAUAUAGCCUACAUUGUACAUUACAAAAACACCGCUAGCCAAACACAAUGGUCUCUUGCUAGGCGCACAAUUUAAUUAAAGGGCAACUACACCCUCCAAAUAGUUUUUUGUUGUUGUUCCCAGACCUCAAGUGUUCUCCCGAUUUGUGGUUUAAGCAUUGUUGUGGACUAAGAACAUCACAUUUUAGCAGUUUUUCUAUAAAAAAAAAAAAAGUGAUUUUGAGAGUGAAAACCGGGAAAACAGAAUUUCACAAAAGAUGCAACAUAUUUUAUAGGGCCCUACAAUCGCUAGCAAUAACACCCUUUUUGGGAUUGUUCAAUGUUUUGUAUGGAGGGUAGGUCAUUAUAGGCCAGGGCUCUCCAACCCUGUCCCUGGAGGUUUUUAUUUAAACCCCAGUUCUAACUAACCUGAUUCAGCUUAUCAACCAGCUAAUUAGAAUCAGGUGCGCUAGAUUAGUGUUGGAGCGAAAACAUACAGGACGGUAUCUCUCCAGGAACAGGGUUAGAGAGCCCUUCUAUAGGCUACUUACGCAGCCUGAAAAUUAAACAUAACAUUUAAUUGAUGAGCGCAUCAUCCGCUUUCCAUGGCCAGCAUUCUUUUAAUUCGUGCCCAGUAACAUUCAGUUGGCAUUGGCCCAGUGUGCCACUGGCAAAUGUAUCUGAAUGUCACCCUGCAAGGGCAUGCAAAUUUAAAAGAUGGCUAGUCAUUAUUAGCCUGGUUCUUUUGGAAUGCAGAUACAUUAUGGGACACAGGUCAGGUCAUUAUCGGCGCGCCGCGGCAAAAAAUUGGGGCAACCAAAUCAUGUGCUGGUGCCGUCAACUGAAGAAGUUGGUAGCACCAGUGCCACCGGUGGGAAAAGUUAGUUUAGAGCCGUGCUGUUGAAUGCCUUUGUGAUCUAGCAAUGUCAUUCUGUUCCUAUUCUAUUGUAGACACUGACCCAGCGAAGGAGGUCGGGCCCGAGGGAGAGACGCGGCUAGGAGUGAGGGACCGACGGAAGGGGAGGAGAGAGCGACGCUCCACUGGGGUGGUUCAGCUAGGGGUACGCGGAGGAACCCCAUCAUACAUAUUCAUAGUAUUCGUGCUAGAGCUAUUGAUGUCCUUGUUCUAAUUGUUUGACCAUUUCCUCUUUGUAUAAACUGAUUGAACUUUAAUUUGACUAUCAGCCAAUAUCAUAGACAACCUCACUCUUUCUUGUCCACAUCCAACAAGCCACAAGUACAAAAUAAAUGUAAUGUCCUACAAAGACAAAGAGGAAAUGACACAGUAUGUCCUAACCUCAUACUCAGAACAGGAACCCCAUACCUGACCUGAAAUGCUGUUUUUUCCCCUUUUUCAGUUGUGUAAUUGCUAUAUUUCUGUAUUUUAACUGCUUUAUAAUGUAGGCCUGAAGAUAGGACUUUUCCCCCACACUAAAUGUUGGAAUCUGAUUCUUUGUUACAAAAGUGGUCUUGUAUUACCAUACCUGGUAAAUAUUAGUGGUCAAUGUCAAACGUACCAUUGUCAACAUGUUAUUUGUUACAAUAGUCAUUAUUCACUAUAUAUAUUUUUUAAAUAAGAAUGAACAUUUGGAUGCAAUGGAUGAAGCACAACAGGAUGAAAGCCACCGUCAUAGUUCACCCAGGUAAGUGUUUUUCAUUUCUAUACUAUAGUAUACUGAAUUACUAUACCUCUCUAUAUUGAGUAAACCAUGUACCCUAUGUCUAUCUUUGCAGUGAGCCUCAGUUGGGAGAUUUUUCACCAGACUACAAAAUGGUAUGGCAUUGUUGACAACUCCCAGUGAUUUAAAUACACACAUUCUUCAGGCACUUGAGAGAUGGUAGCUAAGGUUUUAAUAUGUGAGAGAAAAACAGGCUCUAAAGAGGGGAAUGAAUAGACACAGCUGACUAGCUGUGAAAUAGGAGUUUAAACCACGUAAACUGAAUGUAUUUACAACUGCAGUGGCUAGGCUAUAUCCAGGCUGAUGUCCUCUGCCUUUGACCGACUCCCUGUUUGGUGUCGCCCUCUAGCUGUACACGUCGGUGCUGCAGGAGAACGGCCUGCUUAGAGACAAGCUGCAGGAGACGGCGCUGGUGCUCAGCCAGAGCAAAGUGGAGCUGGAGAGACUCCGACAGGUGAGGAUAUGAUCCUCUCUGGAUGUUAAUGGCCAUGUUGUACAGCAAAGCCAUGUGCCAUGACUCUUUCCCUAGUCUUCUCUCGCUCAUAACUACAGAUAGGGAACUACAGAUAAGUCUGGAUAUGAUUAUCAGGUAUUCCGUUUCAUUAUAAACUGGGUGGUUCGAGCCCUGAAUGCUGAUUGGCUGACAGCUGUGGUAUAUCAGACUGUAUACCACGGUUAUGACAAAAGUUAUUUUUACUGCUCUAAUUACGUUGGUAAACAGUUUAUAAUAGCAAUAAGGCACCUCUGGGGUUUGUGAUAUAUAGCCAAUAUACCACGGCUAAGGGCUGUGUCCAGGCACUCCGCGUUGCGUCGUACAUAAGAACAGCCGUGGUAUAUUGACCAUAUAUCACAAACCCCAGAGGUGCCUUAUUGCUUAAAUAUAUUAGAUCCACAUAGCAGUGGAAAGGAGGGAGAAGAGGGGUAUUGGGACAGAUCCUAGAAGUGCUGUCGCUGGUCAUGUGGCGGGACCUGACUGUAUUCUGUGUCCGCCUCUGACAAUGUGGAGGGAAGUUGUGUAACACAAACAAUACACAGUAUUGUAUGAACACAAAGAUGGAUUCCAGAUUAUAGCACACAGAAUGUGUCGGCAUUAUACCGCUCAGCUUCUGUGUUGCGCUGUGCAUGUCACACAAUAGCCCUGUUGUAACUGUGUGUCUGUUUCCAUUGCAGAGUCAAGAGAGCAACACAGAGAGGCCGGCCCUGCAGGAACUGGAGAGAUUUGUGAGUCCCGUCUUAAACUGUCUGUAUUCAGGUUUAGGGUCCAUUUCACUUUUAGCUUUCCAAUUCAGGAAAUUAUUUAUUUAUUGGAUCAGUUGAGGUCAAAUGGAAUAUAACCUAAUGUCAUUAGCCGUAAAGGCUGCAUACCUGUGUGGGAGUGAGUUAUAAAAUCAGUAUCUGUUUUUCUCGCAGGAGAAGAGAGCACUCCAGAGAAAAGCAGUGGAACUGGAGGAUGAACUGAAGGUAUAAGGGAAUUGUUCAGUCACUGGGGCUAGCCUAUUUAACUCAUAUUUUGUCUGUUCAAACUUUAAUUAACCUGCAUAAUUGUUAGCAAACUACCCCAAACACUAACCAUAAGCUACCCCAAACUAUUAAACAACCCAAAACAACCUCAAAAACACUAACCACAUAAAAGUACUCAAAACAACUCCAAAUUACACAAACACGACAAUCUACCCCAAACACUAACCAAAACUUCCCCAAAAUUUGUGCUGAGAAUAUUGUUAUAUUCUGUACUGUUCUACAUUGCAUUAUCUGUAACAUCACACACAAUAACCAAUAGAUUUCCAUCAACUGAUCAUGAUAAACAAAAUCGUUGUUUGACUCCCCUCCCUUGUUAUCGUAUAUUUCUAGGUGCUGGUGGAUCUCCGAGCAGACAACCAGAGGCUAAAGGACGAGAAUGCCGCUCUCAUCCGCGUCAUCAGCAAACUCUCGAAAUGAGCCUCAUCUGCCAAACCUCUAUACGGAGAAAAGUGUUAAAAGUUCCUGUCUCUUGCCCAACUCACAAGGCACAUACCGGGAACAAAACCCAGCAUAAAAAAACAGCGUUCUGCUCUGAUAGAAGACCAACGAUGCAUUUGUUCAAUGACAUUUUGGGAUUUAUAACUGGAUAGUUUUUGCAGGGUUGUUAUUCGCCUUUGCGUUGACUUCACUCGUUACUCGAUCUACUGUAUAACAAGCUGAACUGCACCUCCUAUGGAUUCACAGGGUACUGUAGGGUGUUCCUGUUCAAAUUCUGAAAUAAGUUGAUCUUUUUUUGUUUUUCAGACUGAAAUAUUUUGUGCUUCGCUUCUGCAUUACCUUGUUUAAGGAUACAUGUGUUUUUAAGAUAUUUUAAUAACCAUGCAAAGUGCGCGCUUACGAUAACAUGAUUUUACUCCAGAGUAUAUACCACUAGACACCUAAAAAGGACUGGGGGGGGCGAUGCCAACGUCAGGUCCUUCAGUUCUGAGGAGAAGGUUGUUAUUAGGUUUUGACAUGCAUAUUCCACAAAAAUGUGCCAAACACACACACCAAUUUCCUGCUUGUUUGGCAUGUUGUUUGGGGAAAGGUGAAGUGAUUGGUUUGUCUCUCUCAGGACGAGUCUGGGUCAAUACUGUACUUGAGCUGACUACUGUUAAAGUUGGACCAAACUGUAUGCGCAUGCUACUUUUUUUCUCUCCUUUGAAUGUAUAUUUAUGUGUAUAUUUAUGUACAGGGGCCCUCUCCUCAUCCAGUGAUGUAGUAGUAAUGGUCUCUUUUAUUUAGAAAAGGACGGAGAUGGUGGGCGCUCAUACUGUGACAGAGACCUGUUAGUUAGUAGACAGGCAAGAUGGGUCAAGUCUUUUGAAUGUUUACUGCGUUUUUUUUAAAUGCAUGCCAAAUUGUAUUUUGACAAUGUGCCUUUCUAUAUAUAUUUGUAAUUAAUAUUUACACAACGUCAAAAAUAAAAUACAGUAUGGUAACUUAAGCUCGCCAUCUUGCCCGCCACAAUUCCUGUGAGGUGAAGAGAAUAAAACUCAUGAUCAACACCUUACCUAAUGGAGACAUUAGGGAAGCACUGAAUGUGCAAGACAAUGCAAAUGUUAUUUAUAUUGUGCUUUUCAUUAAAGGUCCAAUGCAGCUGUUUUUAUCUCAAUAUCAAAUCAUUUUUGGGUAACAAGUA